AGAAAAUGGAAUCCCACUUCAAAGGUUGCCACUACAGUCGCAGAGGUUGCCACUAAAUUUAGUCAGCAAUCAUUUUAUGAAAUUUAGCUGUCCUCUUUUUGACGUACCAAACUCCGUUUACGUCCCAUGAAGAUGCCAGCUUUCCGACGCCGACCACGCCCUCAGAUAUUUAUCAGUUUCCAAGGAAACGACGACGACCUGCGCAAAGGAUUUGUCAGCCAUGUCGUGAAGGCCUUAAAAGACGCACGGGUCAACGUUUUCUUAGAUAGCGAUGAUCGAUGGGAAAGGAGAGGCCCUCAUCAUCAUGACCACCUUUUCUUCAGGAGGAUCGAAAAAUCGGAACUCGCUCUUGUGAUCUUCUCUGACAAAUACGCAGAGUCAAAACAGUGCUUGAAUGAGCUGAACAAGAUCCAUGAGCGCGUGACCGAAGAGGAACUCAUGGUGAUCCCCAUCUUCUACAAAGUGAACAUCGAAGAAGUUAUUAAUUUGGAGGGAAGAUUCGGGAAAUGUUUUGAGGAAACGAUGAUGACACAAGGGAGGCAGAAUCAUCAAUUGACCCAUCACAUCAUGGGAUGUCUAAGGUCUAUUGCUAGAAAGCCUGGUUUCACUUCAGGAUACUAUAGCAACGAUAGCGAUCUUGUGGAAGCGAUCAUUCAGGGCAUUAAGAAAAAAAUACCAUAUAUAUCGGCAAAACAAACAAUUGGAGAAGAAGUUUUGGCAGAACUUCUCUCCGCUUCAGUGGUUGCGGCUUUGUGUUUUUACUUUAUCCCUAUAGCUGUUUUCUCGGAUUUGGGUUUCUUCAUUAGCCCACGUUGGUAUCUAGCUGUUCUUUUGUUGUUUGUCGUUCGGCAUAGUCUCCGAUUGAUUCAGAGCUGAUGGGUUAAAGUGGAAAAGAUGACACGUGAAUCUCAACGUACGCUAUAUUGCAAACGAUCAAUGAUCUCUUUUUUUUUUUUUUAAUGCUUUUAUGUUGUGUAUAUAUGUUUUU